AUGUCGCUGUUCUUCAUUGAGGAGGCGGUGGCACCUCUGUCAAAGAACCUGACCGAAAUCAAGCGUCUUAGAUCAGGCGACUUAUUGCUGAAAUGCACCUCGGAAGCCGACUGUGAGCGCAUACUGAGUACACAGCAGAUGUUUGGAAUCAACAUAACAUCAACCUUGCACAGGACCCUUAAUACCUGCCGUGGUGCUGUGCCGUUAGCGGAACUCAUUGAUCUCCCUUCAGAAGAGAUUCUUGAAAAUCUAAAAAGCCAAAAGGUGAUGGAUGUGAGGAAAAUAAAAGUCAGGAAAAGCAAUGAGUAUAUAACGACACGCAACACAAUCCUCACAUUUGACUGCCCAACUUUACCAGAAAGGUUGAAGGUGGGAUAUCUGAAGCAGAGCAAGCAGAAUCACAACUCCAAGGAGUGCAGAGGGCCGGAUCACUGCGUCAACUGCGCAGGUGGCCACCCUUCGUACUCGAGAUCCUGCCCAAAGUGGAAGUUUGAGAAAGAGGUCAUGCACAUCAAAAUCACACAGAAGCUAAGCUAUCCAGAAGCCAGGAAGAAGGCAUCUCCUUUCCUGUUCCAGAAAUCCUUUUCAUCUGUCGUUAAAGAGAAACCAAGGAUGAUCUGA